UUUGCAUUUCGUUCUAAAGUUGAGCUUUUUCUCAUCGUCUGUCAUCUGAGCGCUGGAGAUCAGACUGAUCGGAGCUCGAAUGGCUCGUCUUCUUCCUCUGAUCGUUCUGCUCAUGAUUCCGGGAGUUUGUUGUCAGAGUGGUUGGGAUGUGAACUACAGCUCUUCACACAUCUGUGCACUAAAAGGAUCAACAGUGACAAUAAACUGCACUUAUAAAUACCCUACUGGACAUCACAUCAGACAAGUGUUCUGGACCAACACUCUUGUUAGACCAAGCAAUCAAGAUUUUCCAAAUCUGUUUAAGGAGUCUGAAUACAGAGAGAGGAUUCAGUAUCUGGGAGAUAAACAGCACGACUGCAGCGUCAGACUGAAUGAUGUGAGACACACAGAUUCACACAAGUACUAUUUCAGAUUCAUCACUGAUAAAUAUGAUGGGAAAUGGAUCGGUAUUCCUGGAGUGACUCUUAAUAUCACAGAUAAUCCUGUGAUCUCCAUCAGUUCUUCUGGUGUAAUAGUGGAGGGUGAUUCAGUGACUCUGACCUGCAACAGUGAAUCAAAUCCACCUGUUCACAACUACAGCUGGUUUAAAGAAAAAACAUUUGUAGGAUCUGGAAACAUCUACAUCAUCUCAAACAUCACAUCUGAUCUCAGUGGACAAUACAAGUGCAAGACCAGCCACACAUGCGGAGAGAAAUAUUCUGAACCUGUGAUUUUAAAUGUUUUGUAUCGUCCAAGAAAUGUCACAGCAUCCAUCAGUUCUUCUGGUGUAAUAGUGGAGGGUGAUUCAGUGAAUUUGACCUGCAGCAGUGAAUCAAAUCCACCUGUUCACAUCUACAGCUGGUUUAAAGAGAAUCAAUCAUCAUCUGUUGGAUCUGGACAGACGUUCAGCAUCAGUAACUUUAAUUCAAGUCUCAGUGGAUGGUUUUACUGUGUGGCUCAGAAUGAAAUUGGAUCUCAGAGAUCAGAUGCUUCAUUAGUAACAGUGCAUCCUAGUUCAUAUGGAGUGUUUGGAAUCACAGCAGCAUGUGGAGGAUUGUUGUUCAUCGCAAUCAUCAUUGUACUCAUUUGGUUUAUGAUGAGGAAUCGAAGAGUUGCAAAAACUAAAGAUGCUGCUGUGAAUCAACAGGAUGACCAGUCCCGUGCCAUUAAACAUGUUGAUCUUGCCUCCGAAUCAGCCAAUUGUGAUGAUGUACAGUAUGAAAGUGUUAAACCUCAGAGACUCAGAGGAGAACAGACAACUGCAAGAAAAGCUCCAGAAUCCAGAGAUCCAGAGGAGCUCCAAUACGCUACUGUCCACUAUAAAAGAAACACAGAGAUGAGAAGAUCAGAAGAGAAUAAAAACCACUACGGGAACAUUACAAAUCACAAACCUGAUCCUUCUGUGAGGUCAAAUGAGGAGGACACCUUACUGAUCUACAGCAGUGUGGCUAUGGUGAUGUCAAUCAUAAUGACUCCUCCCCCUCUGAUCUUUCUCCUCAUGAUUCACGGAGUUUAUAGUGCUGAUGAUGAUUGGAGUGUGACUUACAGCUCUUCACACAUCUGUGCACUAAAGAACUCAACAGUGACUAUAAACUGCACUUAUAAAUACCCUACUGGACAUAACAUCACAGAAGUGUUCUGGACCAAGAGUAACAGUUCUAAACCUCCAAAUCUGUUUAAUGAGUCUGAAUACAGAGAGAGGAUUCAGUAUCUGGGAGAUAAACAGCACGACUGCAGCGUCAGACUGAAUGAUGUGAGACACACAGAUUCACACGAGUACUAUUUCAGAUUCAUCACUGAUAAAUAUGAUGGGAAAUGGAUCGGUAAUCCUGGAGUGACUCUAGAUGUCACAGAUCUUCAGGUGGAGUCUGAAGGUGAGACAGUGAUGGAGGGACAUUCAGUGACUCUGACAUGUAAAAGCAGAUGUAGUCUGACUGACAUAUCAACAUUCAUCUGGUUAAGAAACAGACAGACAUUAAAUGACACAAACAAGAAACUCAUCCUGCCGUCAGUUAGAAGAGAGAAUGCAGGAGACUAUAGAUGUGCUGUACAGGGACACAAACUCACAUCACCUCCUCGACGUCUCAAUGUCUUCUAUCCUCCAGAUGAUCCUGUGAUCUCCAUCAGUUCUUCUGAUGUAAUAGUGGAGGGUGAUUCAGUGACUCUGACCUGCAUCAGUGAAUCAAAUCCACCUGCGAAUAUCAGAUGGUUUAAAGAAAAAACAUUUCUAGGAUCUGGAAACAUCUACAUCAUCUCAAACAUCAGAUCUGAUCACAGUGGAGAAUACAAGUGCAAGGCCAGAAAUAAACAUGGACACAAAUACUCAGCAGAGACUUUAAAUGUUUUAUACCCUCCAAGGAACGUCUCAGCAUCCAUCAGUUCUUCUGGUGUAAUAGUGGAGGGUGAUUCAGUGACUCUGACCUGCAUCAGUGAAUCAAAUCCACCUGUUCACAUCUACAGCUGGUUUAAAGAGAAUCAAACAUCAUCUGUUGGAUCUGGACAGAGCUUCAGAGCUCCAGAGAGUGGAUGGUUUUACUGUGUGUCUCAGAAUGAAGUUGGAUCUCAGAGAUCAGCUGCUUUUUCAGUCACUGUUAAAGGAAAUGUGAUGUUCUACACAAUAAUUGGAGGAGCGUUGGUUUCUGGAUCUGCAGAAAAUCAGGUGGUUGAAACAGAGAAAUAA